GCGUUCUUCUUUUAUCUCUGCCAGUCAGACGACAAUUUAUUUCUUAAAACUUAAAUUCGACGUUUAUUUUCUUUUUAGGUGGUAUCGAGUGCAGCUGUCAAGCGUUGGAUACUCUUAAAAAAAAAGCAAGCUGUCGGUGGAACGAGCUAAACGUUUGCUUUGCAUCUUUGGACAUUAGGUAACAUAGUAAGCUUCGGUCAGUUACUUCAGUGAAGUCAGACCAGCCUGCCUGACAGAAAGAAAAUAUAGAAAACUUUCAUAAAAUAAUUUAACGCAAAAUAAGACCGCACGCGUAAAACAUUUCAUUUAGGCACAUAUCUAGCCUGUAUCUUGUGAAUAGAUCGCUGUGUUGUUGUCCUUUCGUUACGAAUUACGUGUUUAUGCUGCGGCAAGUUAACGUUCUAAACGUUUUUUAAACGUCUUUUGGCGCGAACGUUCGGUCAUUCAUCGCUCGCGGGACUGUUUAUGCAUCACUAGAGAAUCUGCGGCCAAUGCCACCAGCUCAGCAAAUCCAAAUCUCCAAGACUCAUCAUUGCUGCAAAAGCAGGCCAGGAGGAGUGCGCUGCUUAUCAUCAGCUAGCCGCGUCGCAUGCCGUACAGCGGUUAGCUUUCACAGGAAUCUUUGUUUGUCUUGAUGCAUGAUUUGAAUUAUUAAUUAAAGAACAAGAUCAGUAGAAAUGUCGGACACGAGUAAAGAGGUUGUGGAUCUGGUGUGGGGGAGACCCAGCGGCGGGGGAGUGUCAGCAUCUCUAUUCCGCAGGUGGUCUCAAGGUUUUGUCUUUUGUGAGUCAGAACGCAGUGCACUGGAGCAGUUUGAAGGCGGGCCAUGUGCUGUCAUCGCACCUGUGCAGGCUUUCCUGUUGAAGAAUAUUCUGUUUAACACUGAAGGCUCAAACUGGCAGGAUAUCUCAGAGGAAGAGCAACGGACAGACCUGUGCUCUACUCUCAGUGAAAUCCUGGAGUCAGCCUGCCUCAAUAAGACACAGGCCUUUCACCUGGCCACCUGGCCUCAUGCCAAGACCACGGACAGCUCUGACGUCACUGACAGCCACCCAGAGCCCGAGUCAAGUCAGCCUACUGACACACCAACUGCUUUGGCUGCUGAGGAGCUUGGCUUUGAGAGGUUUCACAGUGUCGUACAAAAAAGGUCUCUCAGGACUGGUGCCGAGCUGAGAGAGGCUGUGUUGUCACUGUAUGACACUUGGAGGAACAAAUUUGGGGUUCUGCUAUUUCUGUACUCUGUCAUACUUACAAAGGGGAUUGAAAACAUAAAGAAUGAGAUAGAAGACACUUCUGAACCUCUGAUUGACCCUGUGUAUGGCCAUGGCAGCCAGAGUCUUAUUAACCUACUGGUGACAGGCCAUGCUGUGUCAAAUGUGUGGGACGGUGAUAGAGAAUGUUCUGGAAUGAUGCUUCAUGGCAUCCAUCAGCAAGCCUCUGUUGGAUUCCUUACACUAAUGGAGUCACUGCGCUAUUGCAAGGUUGGUGCAUUUCUCAAAUCUCCAAAGUUCCCUAUUUGGAUCCUUGGAAGUGAGACACAUCUUUCAGUAUUCUUCACUAAGGAAAUGGCUUUGGUGGCCCCCGAAUCUCCAUCAGAGCAGGCCAGAAGAGUCUUCCAGACCUUUGACCCAGAAGAUAACGGGUUCAUUCCAGACACACUGCUUGAAGAUGUUAUGAAAUCUUUGGAUCUUGUCUCGGACCCAGACUAUGUGAAUCUGAUGAAGAGUAAAUUGGAUCCGGAGGGGUUGGGCAUUAUUCUGUUGGGUCAGUUUCUGCUGGAAUUCUUCCCUGAUCAGGAUUCAGUGAUUCCAGACUCAUUUCCUGUGUAUCACUAUAAUGGCCUGAAGCAGUCCAACCACAAUGAGAAGGUAAGUUACGUUGAGGGCACCGCUCUGAUCAUGGGUUUUGAAGACCCUAUGGUACGUACAGACGACACCCCAGUCAAACGCUGUCUACAGACCAAAUGGCCCUACAUCGAGCUCCUGUGGACCACAGAAAGGUCGCCUUCACUCAAUUAAGAGCUAAUCUCACACCUUUUACCUACCAACCUUUGGCUGCACAGCCUGCUAACUUCAGGAAAGCUGAAACCUUAUAGGACUCCUCACUCUCUGCACUACAUUUGGAGGCCAACACAGGGCCUGACGUUAAAAUGAGAGAUGAUACUUUUGGCUUUGCACUGACACUAUGGCUUUUCUCUGCUUUUUACACGUAUCAGCUGGCUUGUAUAUUUGAGUAUUGGGCUUAUUUUGUGUUUAAAGCCCUGGAGUUGAACAAAAUUAGUAUUUUGGUAAUUAAUUUUUUUUUCUAAAUAUAUUUGAUUUUUCAGAUGUUCAUAUUAUUUUUGUCAACUUUCUACAUGAGUUUGUUUACUGCUCUGAAAAGAUAAAUCUUUGAACUAGCACACCGACUGUGAAAAUCUUUUUGAGUAAUUUAUGGAAUUGUUAAUAUAUCUUUUUUUAGAUUUGAAGAUUCAAUGUUUGUGGUUGUGGAGAUUUAAGGGAUAAUUUGACCAAAGCCUCUUUGGUUGGAGAUAAAUUAUUUGUGUGCGUAAAAUGGUCAGCUGAGGGGUUUUCAUGUUCUACGACACUGUUCUGGCCAUGGGAGGAUGUCUGUUUAGACAGAUUUACACAAGAAUGCACUACAACCCCGUGUUGGGCCUUAAAAACUGUUUAGGAUAGCAGAGGGUGUUGUUAGUAUUUAAAAUUUUAAGUAACAACCCUCCAGGAGGGACUCUGGAAUGACACUAUGAUUCUCUGCAUGAGAAAGUAUAAAGACACAGACAAAUGGCCACCCUUUAUUUAUUAUUUAUUAACACCUUUUUUUUUUUCUUCAUGUCUGGACUGUUGCAUGUUUGUCUUGUAUAAUAUAAAAUGACCUUGACCAACACAAUAAAGGAAUG